GCCACUGGCAGACCAUCAAGGUCGCAAACCACGCGCUUUUCCUGCACCGUAUCCUUCGACUCUUACUCUUGGUUUGCUUUUGCUACGAUGAUAUCUGCUCGAAGUGCAACAAGGGUCAUCAACACAAGUUUCGCGUCGAGGACUGCUGUGUCCAGGAUGGCACUGAAUCCUAUUCGAAGCAUCUCGGUUCAAUCGAUACUCCAUGGUUCUGAAGAAGCAAAGGCGGAGGGUGAGGUGGAGAUACAACAGCAUUCCAGGAUUGUGGGAAGGGGCAAGUAUGUCCACGGCUUUGAGAUUCAUACCGUCAAACCUGAGGCUGCGGAGAAAUACAAGAAAGCAGCAGAGCAAUAUUACGCCGCCAUUAAGGACGACUCCGAGCUGCACGUGAAGCUGACUGGUAGCUGGGAGACAGUCGUCGGCCGACAGGACACUUUCGUUCACAUCCUCGAAUACGAGAACUUUGGAGGAUACGACAAGAGCACCAAAUUGAUAGCGAACUCCAAGCACGCCAAAGCCUAUCGAGAAUUGCUUCCGCACCUGACCAGUAGAGAACUGCAGCUGUGCCAGGAGUUUGCCUUCCUGCCCUCCUCGCCCCCGCGCGAAGCAGGAGGUAUCUUCGAGUUGCGGACGUACACCCUCAAGCCCGGCACUCUCCUGCAAUGGGAGCAUACGUGGCGGAAGGGGAUCGACGCCCGUCGCCAGUUUGUGGAGCCCGUCGGGGCUUGGUUUUCGCAAGUGGGCCGACUCAAUCACGUCCAUCACCUGUGGCAGUAUCGAUCUCUUCAAGACCGGAAGGAAACCCGUGAGAAGGCAUGGAAGCUCGGUGAAUGGGCUGAGACCGUUUCCAAGACGAGUCAGAUGGCCAAGUUCAUGGAAGCGAAUGUCUUGGUCCCACUUCCAUACAGCCCACUUCGUUGAUGUUUAGUCGCAACUACUGCUUUGCCUUGCGUAUCGAUAUAAGCUCAGACAAUUGUCCACGGGCCGAAUUUCAAAGUCGGUCAAUUAAGUGACUAGAGCUUUCGGACGACGAUCUACCUCGAAUUACUAUGUAACUAGCUUCGCAAACUAAAUAAAGA